GUGUGACGUUCGUCUCCAUCGCCGCCGCUGGUUGUUGUUGAUGAAGUUUAUUGUUUUUGCACUGCCGAUCUCGAGUUUGCAUCCAUUUUCUACUUUUUCCGUCGCGAGUUUUUUUAAUUAAAAAAAACCGCUUGUACUUGAUAAAAACCUAACUGUUAACUAGAUUACUAGUGUCCGGUGAAGUAAAAACUUACAAUAGUUUAUGAAUAGAAGAAAACAUCGAUUGAUCCGUUCAAUCUGAAAAAAAGCCGGCUAGUGGAUCAAAAUGGCUCAAAAACGAAAAGCGGACGGUCAGGUACCGGCCGAAGAGAAUGACCUACUUCUGAUACGACCGCUUGGCGCCGGUCAGGAGGUGGGCCGCUCCUGCAUCAUGCUCGAGUUCAAGGGUAAAAAGAUCAUGCUGGAUUGCGGCAUUCAUCCUGGAUUGUCCGGGAUGGAUGCCCUCCCGUUUGUGGAUCUGAUCGAAGCUGACGAGGUGGACCUGCUUUUCAUUUCACACUUUCAUCUGGAUCAUUGUGGAGCCCUGCCUUGGUUCCUGCAGAAGACGAGCUUCAAGGGCCGUUGCUUCAUGACGCAUGCAACGAAGGCGAUCUAUCGAUGGAUGUUGUCCGAUUACAUCAAGGUCAGCAACAUUAGCACGGAGCAGAUGUUGUACACGGAAGCGGAUCUGGAAGCGAGCAUGGAAAAAAUCGAAACGAUAAAUUUUCACGAGGAACGAGACGUGAUGGGAGUUCGGUUUUGGGCGUACAAUGCCGGUCACGUCUUGGGAGCGGCCAUGUUUAUGAUUGAAAUAGCUGGCGUGAAAAUAUUGUACACGGGAGAUUUCUCCCGACAGGAAGAUCGUCACUUGAUGGCGGCGGAGAUCCCGGCAAUGAAACCGGACGUUUUGAUCACCGAAUCUACCUACGGAACUCACAUUCACGAAAAGCGAGAAGAUCGGGAGAGUCGUUUCACCACCCUGGUGCAGAAGAUUGUCCAGCAGGGCGGCCGAUGUCUGAUUCCGGUUUUUGCCCUUGGCAGGGCCCAAGAAUUGUUACUCAUUUUGGACGAGUACUGGAGCCAAAACCCGGAACUGCAGGAAAUUCCAAUCUACUACGCUUCGUCGCUGGCGAAGAAGUGCAUGGCCGUGUACCAGACGUACAUCAACGCCAUGAACGAUAAAAUCCGUCGACAGAUCGCCGUCAAUAAUCCGUUCGUGUUUCGGCACAUCUCGAAUCUUAAGGGGAUCGAUCAUUUUGAAGAUAUCGGACCCUGCGUGGUGAUGGCUUCGCCGGGUAUGAUGCAAAGUGGACUCUCGCGGGAGCUGUUUGAAACCUGGUGCACGGAUCCGAAAAAUGGUGUCAUCAUUGCCGGGUACUGCGUGGAAGGUACACUCGCGAAAACGAUCCUCUCGGAGCCGGAGGAAAUUACGAGCAUGUCAGGUCAGAAGCUACCACUGAAUAUGUCCGUCGAUUACAUUUCCUUUUCGGCUCACACCGAUUACCAGCAGACGAGUGAGUUCAUUCGGUUGCUGAAACCGACGCACGUAAUUUUGGUUCACGGUGAGCAGAACGAGAUGGGCCGACUGAAGUCGGCUUUGCAGCGGGAAUACGAAAACGAUUCUAAUGCGAAUAUCACGCUGUACAAUCCGAAGAAUACGCAUGCCGUCGAGCUGUACUUUAGGGGCGAGAAGACGGCCAAGGUUAUGGGAACGCUUGCCAUCAAGGCGCCCGAGGAGGGUCAGAAACUGUCCGGAGUUCUGGUCAAGAGGGAUUUCAAAUAUCACCUACUGGCGGCGUCCGAUCUGUCCAAAUACACCGACAUGAGCAUGUCGGUGGUCACCCAGCGUCAGAGCAUUCACUGGCAGGGUUCGAUCGCCAGCUUGAAGUUGCUGUUGGAGCGAAUCGGUGGUCCCGGGACAGUGUCCGCCGAUGCACCGGAAAACGACAAAAAGUUCAAAGUAUUUGAUUGCAUCGAGUUGUCCUUCGACGGAAAAAUCGUCAUCAUGGAAUGGCAGGCGACGCCGGUUAACGAUAUGUACGCGGAUACGGUUCUGGCCAGCAUGCUGCAGGCCGAACUGUGCGGAAGCAUGGUGAAAGGGUCCACCGCAAGCAAACCGGACAAGAUGCAUUUCAAAGAAUGUUUGAUUGAGACGCUGCAGGACAUGUUCGGCGAGAGUUCGGUGCCGAAGCUGUUCAAGGGGGAUAAUUUGAGUGUGACCGUUCACGGGAAGCAGGUGGAUAUCAAUUUGAGCACUUUGGAAGUAACCUGCGAACAAGAUGAAAUCCUGUACCAGACGGUGAAAACGACGGUCACCAAACUGCACCAGAAUUUAGUACAAGUAUCUUAAGGAUGCUCGAUUAACCAUUGAAUUGUACCAUCAUUUCAAUUCCAGUUUAUAAUACAUACUCUUAAAGA